CAGUUCAUGCAUGGCGCAUGGCAACGUAAUAGGGGCGGGGCUUAAAUUGUAUUUUGUGAUAUCUCCGUAGACUAUCAUGUACCUAAUGUCUUCUCACAGGAAACAUGCUCAGUCACAUGGAACUUGCUCUUCUUGUGAAGUGCUAAAGAAAGAAAAUGCUUCCUUGAAAUCAGAGCUAGAAACUUUAAAGAUUGACUACACUCAAUUAAUAAAGGAGAUGUCAGUUGAGAAUUUUAGUGAGAGACGAGCCAAUUUAUUAAAAGCUCACAUACUCCAGCUGGAGCGACAGUUAUUAAUAUUAUCUGAUGCUCUUGACGGCCAGGUUCAAUUGCUAUCUGAUCUUCAGGUUUAUGGGGAGGCACUGGAAUAUAAGAUAAAAAAUAAAGAGCCAAUUGCUGAAGAUGCAACACGUUUGAGAAAGUUAAAUCAAAGGCUUAAAAAAGUUUCAUGUGCCAGUGAAGAUGUUGCUCUACCUUUAGUGUAUACUGGUGGAUUAUCAAAGCCACUCACAAUAUUGGACUCUUUAUCUAACAAAGAUAAUAUAUCACUUAGAGAAAUAAGUUGGAUGGAGAGUGAACUAUCAAAGCUACAUAACCAGUUACGAAGGCUUCAUACCUCCCUCUCUUUAUUACCAAAGUGUACUCCAAGUACUACCUACUCUAAAGGAGGUUGAUCCUCUUUAUAAACUGCUGGAUCACUCAAGUAUUGAAGUGUCUGGCACAAUGG